UCCAUCUCUCUCUCCCCCCCUCUCUCUCUACUCUCUCUCCCUCUCUCACUCCCUCCAUCUGCACUUUACUGAACAGUCUAGUCCAAAUUCCCACAGCUACUUGUUGCUUACUAAUCCAAUGGGUUGGCCCCCUUUUAAGCCUGAUUGUUUGCAAGUUUAAUAUUGAGUAAAGAUUUCUUUAUUGGUCUCAGAUCACUUUCGGCAUCUAACUUCUGCCAUCGUUGUCAUCGCCGCUGUUCCUUGGGCUGGAGAGGGUUGCCAUGGCAGCAUCUGUCCAGGCCUGGUGACUCACAUGCGGAGGGCGGACGAGUUCGCCAGUUUCGACAUGUGUUAUCACUUUCGGCGGGUGACGUCACCGACCUCCUCGAGGCUUUCUUAAGCCCAGCCUUAUCGGCAACUAAUCAAAAUCUAAACGGUAACAGAUUAAAUUGGAAUUGCUCAUAUUUUGUUUGGGAUUGUGAUGCUGGAGCUGUGCCCUCAGUUUUCUUUUGAGAGAGAUGAGCCUUUGUCCGCAUCUUAGUGGCCAAAGGUCACAUGACUCUAUGUGCGUCUGUGGAGCAGAGCUGUGUGGAUUCACAGGAAGCUAAUGGAAGUCCUGACACUGUACGGUGAGGAUUUGCUGGGUCUCCCAGGUCUGAGAGCUGAUGGGUUAAAGCCCGUCAGCGUCUUUGUGCCCUGGAUCCGGUUCUGCAUUCCUUCCCGGCCCGCUGUCGUCUUUGGACCUCAUCUCCACUCUAUUUUCUCUCUCUCCUCCACUUUCUGAGAGUAUUAGAGGUUAGAGAGCAGUAUACGCUUUCACCCAAAUUAAUGUCCUCCCUGCCAAGGAGCAAAAGAAAGCUCUGAGUCUGCAUUUUAUUUUAUUUUAUGAUAUAUAUUUGUUUGUUCCCCCUGCCAGAGCGGUCUAGGAUCAUCACAGUUCACGUGCACGACCCGCGGGGCCUGAACCGCAUCCAAAGCGCUGUGGCCUUUCAGACCAACAAGGAGUCUCGUGUUCUCUGGGUCAGGGAUUCGGACUACAUCCUGACCACCGGCUUCAGUCAGGUGCGGGAGAGGGGAGGUGAGGAUGUGGGACAGCAGGAAGCUGGGAUCCUCGGUCGGCUCCUCGUCUCUGGGAACUUCCAGCGGAAUCCUUAUCCCACUGUUCGACCCUGACUCAGGAUUGCUGGUGAUGUCAGCAAAGGGGGACAGUGUCAUCGACUGCUUCGAGGUGUCGGCCGCAGAGCCCUUCCUCUCGCAAGUGAGCCAAUGUCUGACUGAGACGGCGACCCGCGGCGUCGCCAUGGUCCCCAAGCUGGCGCUUGACGUUGUGUCGUGCGAGGUGCUGCGGGUCCUGCAGCUCACUGACAGCUACAUCGUGCCGGUCAGCUACCACGUCCCCCGCAAGCCUGGACAGGACUUCCACGCUGACCUGUACCCGGACACUGUAGGCCAGACGGCGGCCAUGACUGCUACAGAGUGGUGGGAAGGUGGCAACACACCGGUCCAGAGGGUCAGCCUGCACCCGGCCAAGCGGCCACAACCCAGGGCCCAGCCAGCCCAGCAGGGGGCGCCGAAGACAGAGUUGCCCAGGGGACGGAGCAGUGAGGAAGCCCCUCCCGGCUGUUCCAUCUCCAGCAGCCCCUUGACCACACCCACCAGCAGUGCCGCACCCUCCCGUUCCCCUUCUUCCACCAGCGGCCUGUCCUCGGGAUUCCUGCCCAGCCCUAGCCAAAGCUCACGGGCCAUACAAAACAUGCUGGGCCCCAGCUCGAAAUUCCGCCAUAUCCAGGGCAGCGUUCUGCACCGUGACACCCACAUCACCAACGUGCGGGGGCUCAACCUGACCACGCCUGGCGAAUCAGAUGGCUUCUGCGCCAACGGGCAGCGGGUGGCCGUGCCCAUGGCCAUCGCAGGGGGGCAGAUCGCCGUGUUUGAGCUCUCUCGGCCUGGGAAACUUCCGGACACCACCUUGCCCACCAUCCAGAACACGGUCAAUGUGGCCGACCUGGCCUGGGACCCCUUCGACCCGCAGAGGUUGGCCGUGGCGGGUGACGAUGCCAAGAUCCGCAUCUGGCGGGUGCCAGUGGGCGGCCUGACGGAGACGCUGACGGAGCCAGAGUGCGUCCUGCAGGGACACACGGAGAAGAUCUACUCCAUCAGCUUCCACCCCCAGGCUGUGGGCCUGUUGACGUCCUCCUCGUACGACAUGACCGUGCGCCUCUGGGACUUACAGGCCAGGAAGGAAGUGAAGAUCCUGAAGGGGCACCAGGACCAGAUUUUUGGGAUGGCCUGGAGCCCAGAUGGCUGCCUCCUGGCCACGGUCUGCAAAGACGGGAAGGUGCGAGUGUACGAUCCGCGCCAGUCUGCUGAGCCCGUCAAGGACGGCCCUGGCCCAGAGGGCCCUCGGGGAGGCCGUGUGGUGUGGGUGUGCGGGGGUCAGUAUCUGCUGGUGUCUGGGUUCGACGGCCGUAGCGAGAGACAGCUUUACAUGUACUCCGCCCAGUCCCCAUCCUCGGGGCCCGUGGCCACAGCAUCCACCGAUGUGUCACCCUCCACGCUUAUUCCGUUCUACGAUGCCGACACCAGCGUGCUCAUCAUCACCGGGAAGGGCGACACCCGCGUCUACAUCUACGAGAUCCUGUCAGAGGCUCCAUAUUUCCUGGAGUGCAGCAGCUUCAGUUCUACAGAGCCUCACAAGGGCUUCUCAUUCCUGCCCAAGACCGAGUGUGACGUUCGCAACGUCGAGAUCGCCCGGGCACUGAAGCUCAGCAAGACCAGCAUCGAACCCAUAGCUUUCAAGGUGCCCCGUGUCAAGAAAGAGUUCUUCCAGGACGACAUCUUCCCAGAGACGGCAGUUUGGUGGGAGUCAACAUUGACGGCCUCUUCUUGGCUGUCAGGGUCCAACGGACAGCACCGCAAGAUCAGUCUACGUCCCAAAGACAUGAUUCCUGUGAGUGAGGCCCCCAAGGAGGCCCCUAUAAGGAAAUACCUCCCUUCAUCUGUCUACCUGGAAGAGAAGACAGAUGAACAGAAGAAAGAGGAGCUGCUGAGUGCCAUGGUGGCCAAGCUGGGGAACAGGGAGGACCCCCUGCCACAGGAGUCCUUCCAGGGUGUGGAUGAAGAGGAAUGGGACGACUAACAGUCCGUCCCAGGAUGGGGAGGGUCUGUCACCAGCAGAUGGGCCUCCGACACGUGCUGACCCUAACCCUCUCCACUUUAUUGCCUUAUUGCCGCUGAAAGUGUCUGGAGCUGCCCCCCCCCCCCCGUAACUGCACUUCCACUGCGUUCUCACAGCACUGGCUGGGGUGUGCUCCAUCGAGGCAACAAGAGCCUUUAGCCCCCAUUUAGCAAUCAGACGUUAGGGAUGGUAACACAAUGCUGUCAGGAUUUAGCCUGGCUAAGCUAAUAUCACUCCCCUCCCAAACUACUGACGUUUGUCAAAGGGGAACCAACUGGACUUCAAGUGUACCGUAACAGUCCAUGUUUGCUGUCAUGUGUGUGGUUGGUGAGUCUCCGUGUGUCAGACUGUACCCCUCAUCUCAAACCUCUUAUUUGGACAAAAAGCUGUCUUUAUUUUUUAAACGUGCCAUAUGUGUCUCACUCCUGAUCACUCUUAUCAAACACCUGCAAUGCUAUCUGAUCUGUUUAAUAACUAUGUGAUUUUCUCAUGAAUAGCACAUUUGAGCAGAGGACACUCUUGUAAAUCAGAAUCCCACCAUAAUUAGUUAAUCAAUCAAUUAAAACACCCACAAUCCCCUGCAACACUGGUAUGGCUGGUCACCUUUAUACAGCUCCCUGCAUUCCACAGAGUAGUUUCCGGCAUUUUCUUGCUUGUUUACAGGGUUUUCUGGAUUUUUGCCGUUGCCCUGUCGGUUUUGCUUCCUGAUUCCUAUGUUGGGGUGAGACACUGGCAGCGAACAACAAACAAAACAAUCUAAAAUAAUAAUGCAUGUUUAGGGGCAGUUCCUUAAAGAAAAUUAUUAAAUCUCGACUGGCACACUUUGUAACAAUCGUUUUUUACAAUGUGCACAAUAACAAUUUGAACGCAAAUCAUCAAAAGUUGUAUUUUUUUUUCCCAUUUGGACCAAAUUCGAUCAAUGAAUUCACUCCAGAAACUCAAUCAGUCUUGAAAUUGUCUUUGCCAAAGACAUGCUCGUAUUGUGGGUUUAUGACAGUAACUUUCAGGUAUAUUUUGGUGUCUUGCGUCAUUCACAGCAUUUUGUGCUGCGGUUUUGAUUACUCUUUUUGCAUCGGUGGGUAUAGGUCUACUCUUUCAUUGGAACCAAAAUGGGCAUUUUGGAGGGUAAACCUUCAUAUCCAGUUAUAUACAUAUGUCCUACUUAUGUACCGCUUUUAAUUUUUUACUUUUUUAAGCAGUCUUAGCCGGAAACAUUAUUCAUCUGUAGAAAUUACAUCACGGUUUUUGGAUAGGCUAGUUAUUGCUAAAAUAAGCAUUCCUUUACGUUUUAAUUUUAUUAAUAUUAUUUCACUUUUGCACCUGUUAUUUUACAGUAUUUGCUGCGCUAACAGUCCAGUCCGCUGUUUCAUUCCCUAUUAAGUCCAUAUAACUGGGACAGAACAAUUUCUGCUUAACGUAAUUGUCUUGUAAUCUUACGUUGUUUACAGACGCAUGACUGGAAAAUGACAACAUGUAUAUUGCACACUCCCGCCUAAGACACAUUUCGGUUGUCUGCGAGUCGGUUUGUGUCUAAUUCUCCGAAAUAUCCUGCAUGGUUUUGAUGGAAAAUUACCUACACUGGUCUUAGCGGAACGGGAUUUCUUAAAACGUGGGAUUGUGCGUUUUAUAAUUUUUUUCUCUGUCCAAUAUGAGUAGAAAUAAACACCGUUUAAAAUAAA